AUGCUCCCCCGCCUGUCUCUGUUGACCGGCUUGCUGGCCGCCUCCGUGCAGGCAGCCAAUUCGGCCUGUCGAUGCUUCCCGGGCGAUGCUUGCUGGCCAUCCCCCGACGUCUGGGCCAAGUUCAAUGAGUCGGUGGACGGCCGGCUGAUUGCUACGGUGCCUCUCGGAAGGCCCUGCCAUGCGCCCUACUACAACGCUUCUGAAUGCGCGAUUCUUCGCGCUGGAUGGCAAUUGCCCGAGGAACACUAUGAAUCCUCGUCCUCCAUCAUGGCGCCCUGGUUCGCCAACGGCACCUGCGACCCCUUCCACCCGGUCUCCAAGCCGUGCACCCUGGGUAACUACGUCGUCUACGCCGUCAAUGUCUCCUCGCCCCAUCAUGUCUCCACGGCCGUGAAGUUCGCCGACACGCACAACAUCCGCGUGGUUGUGCGCAACACCGGCCACGACUACCAAGGCAAGUCCACGGGCGCCGGUGCUCUCGGCAUCUGGAUGCACAACCUCAAGGGCAUCCAAUUCCACGGCUACAACGACUCCCACUACACGGGCCCCGCUGUCACGUUGGGAGCGGGCGUGCAGGGUUUCGAGGUCUACGAGGCCGCCAACGCGCGCGGCUUCCAGUUCGUCGGCGGCGAGUGUCCCACCGUCGGCCCUGCCGGCGGAUACAGCCAAGGAGGCGGCCACUCGGCCUUGUCUUCGCGAUACGGUCUCGCCGCUGACCAGGUCCUCCGCUGGCAGGUCAUCGACGGCAAGGGCCGCUUCAUCACGGCCACGCGCGACAACGAGUACGCGGACCUGUACUGGGCGUUGAGCGGCGGCGGCGGCGGUACCUACGGCGUGGUGUGGUCGAUGACCUCCAAGGCCCACCCGUCCACGCCCGUGUCUGGCUUCAACCUGACCUUCACCAAUGCCGACAUCAGCCAGGACACCUUCUACCGCGCCGUUUCGCUGUACCAUAAGACGCUCCCGGCCCUUGUCGACGCGGGCGCCAUGAGCGUCUGGUAUUUCACCAACACCAGCUUCUCCAUCUCGCCGCUUACAGGCCCUGAUAUCCCCGUGGCGGACUUGGUCUCCCUGGUCAAGCCCUUCACGGACGGCCUGACGAGACUGGGCAUCAAGUACGAGUCCUUCUCGCGCCAGUUCUCCACCUAUCUGGACCAGUUCAGCACGAUGCAGGGCGAGAUCGGCGUCGGCCAGGCGCAGUACGGCGGCUGGCUGAUCCCGCGCUCGGUGGUGCUGAACAACAACGAAAACCUGACCGCGGCCUAUCGGUACAUCACCGAAGACGGCGGCACCUUCAUCGGCGUAGGCCUGAACGUCUCCCGCGCCCUGGUCGGCGAUGUCGACAACGCGGUCCUGCCGGCCUGGCGGGACGCCCUGAUCGAUACCACCAUCACAACCCCCUGGAAAUGGGACGCCCGGCAGGAGAUGCUGGUGGAGCAGCAGAAGAUGACCGACGAGUACAUCCAGCGGCUGACCGACCUGUCGCCGGACUCCGGGGCGUACAUGAACGAGGGCGACUUCCGCCAACCCAACUUCCAGAAGUACUUCUAUGGGGUCAACUACCCGAAGCUGCGCCAGAUCAAGGCCAAAUACGACCCCAACGACCUCUUCUACGCUCUGACGGCCGUUGGUUCCGACGAGUGGGCGCAGCUGAGCGACGGACGUCUCUGCCGAGCCAAGUCCGCGUGAGACGACCGGGCACCGUUAGCAGGUGGCUUGAAAUAGUCCAUUACUGCACAGAUCUCGGCCCUGUUCGGCGAAACAGCGCGUCUCCAUCCGGGAAGGCACAAUUUGCGGAUUGCCCCAUGGCGAUGCUACCAUGCUGUAGACGUGAAUGUACAUACGGAGUGGAGUGUAUAUGAUGUAGAAUAGACUAUCUAGAUCUAGUGGAGAGACCCAGAAGAAGAAGGGAAAAGAAAAAAAGAAAAAUCCUCCCGCAAGGAGUAUGAGACCCUGAUUCAGAAAAGGAAAAAAAAAAAAAAAAAAAGAACGCCGUCUAUGGAAGGAUUCUUUUAUUAUCAAGUGGACCUGCAUUAAGCUUCACGAUGGAGCUGAAAAACCCGCACUCUUCGCGCCUAUCCACUUAUAAUGGUAAGAGUGUUCAGCGGAAUGUCCGGCUCACUGGCGGCCCUGUAGCCGUAAUUUAGGAUCAAUUCAUUUGCAAGAAUCCUGCAUA